ACUUUUGUCUCUCCACCUGGUUGUUCUCUGGGUGAUUUUUAGAUUCAUUCACAGCAGAGCAGCUUAAUCCCAGACAACUAUAAUUAUUGGCCUCUCUGUCAACACUGCGGCUGAACAUUAACUGUAGGCAUCUGUGGUCUCAUGACCGUGGUGGGAAGGCGUGUCCUCCGGCGUUCACUACAUAAGUCUGCCACUGAUAGGCGCUGAUAAACAUCCUGUGACUGUUACAGAGCCGACACACUCCGGGCCACGCUCCGACCUUUUCUUCUCAAAGCCUGAAUCCACUGAGGCUCAGUGUCACCAUGAGUCUGGUCUCUGCUUCUAUCACCUGUUAUUUUACCGUGCAGCCUGAUGGUCCACCGUGUGAACAUAGCUAACAAUAAACGUCGGAUUCUUUCUCAUAAACUUGAUUAAUCUAGAGAGAUUAACAGCUCGUCUGUCGUCAUCACCCGUCAUCAGUCACAGCACCACCUGCUGGGCUUCACUGCUUACACUAGUUAAACAGUUAGUCCUGAUGGAUACAACUACACUGUCAACACUCGCUGCUGUCAACACCGUGGCUCUGGCCCCACAGUCGGACAUGUCAGGUUACUUGUGGCUCUUGAUUCUGGGCUUCGUCAUCGCCUUCAUCCUGGCCUUCUCUGUGGGGGCAAACGAUGUGGCCAACUCCUUUGGAACAGCGGUGGGCUCCGGCGUGGUCAGCCUGCGUCAGGCCUGCAUUCUGGCCACCAUCUUUGAGACCGUGGGCUCGGUGUUGCUGGGAGCCAGAGUCAGCGAGACCAUUCGACAAGGCAUCAUCGACGUGAAGAUGUACAACGGCUCCGAACAUGUCCUGAUGGCCGGAUCCAUCAGUGCCAUGUGUGGUUCUGCUGUGUGGCAGCUGGUCGCCUCAUUCCUGAAACUUCCCAUUUCUGGAACCCACUGCAUUGUUGGAGCCACAAUUGGCUUUUCUCUGGUGGCCAGAGGUCAUCACGGGGUCAGAUGGAUGGAGUUACUGCGCAUCGUGUCGUCCUGGUUCCUGUCACCUCUUCUGUCAGGCCUCAUGUCAGGGAUUCUCUUCUACGUCAUACGCACCUUCAUCGCAGUAUUAACCGACCCUGUACCCAACGGCCUCAGAGCUCUGCCUCUCUUCUACGGCGUCACCAUGGGCAUCAACCUCUUCUCCAUCAUGUUUACAGGAGCACCACUGCUGGGCCUGGACUCCGUUCCGUGGUGGGGAACUCUGUGUGUUUCUCUGGGCUGUGCCAUCGUCACUGCUUCACUUGUUUGGUUUGUCGUCUGUCCACGUCUGAAGAAGAAAAUAGCACGAGAACUGACCUCUGACCCCGGUCAAACCCCACUCAUGGACAAGAACCUCAUCAGUUCUGCACCAGUAACAUGGCCCCUAGGACCCCAGGACCCCCCACCACAGACCUCCUCCACAGACGCUCAGAAAGUAGCUUUCAAACUGGGAGGUUCUGAAGAAGCUGACGUGGACAAAACUGAGGCGGAGAACAAGGACGUGGACGUCAGCUGCGGUGUGAACGGUGCCGUCGGGCCCAUGGUGAUCACAGACCCCCACAGUGGGCGCUCUCACACCGUCCUCAAAGACUCUGGUCUGUACAAAGACCUGCUGCAGAAACUACACAGAGCCAAAGUGGGAGACUGCAUCGGUGACAGUGAGGCCGAGGAGCAGCCAAUGAGGAGGAACAACAGCUACACCUCCUACACCAUGGCCAUAUAUGGAAUCCAAGGAGACCCCAAACACAGGGACCCUGACGGGGUUCUGCAGAGACGGUCCAGGGUGGACAGCUACAGCAGCUACAGCUCAGCAGUGACGGGCGGGAGCGUGGGCCAGGAGGAGAGUGGGAGUCAGGAAGUUGGCCGGGACGUCACUCGGGAGGAGGAGGAGGAGGAGGAUGAGCUGGAGGUGGACCAACCAGCCGUCUCGUUGCUCUUCCAGUUCCUGCAGAUACUCACUGCUUGUUUUGGCUCCUUCGCUCAUGGAGGAAAUGACGUCAGUAACGCCAUUGGUCCCCUGGUGGCGCUGUGGCUCGUGUAUGAGAGUGGCUCUGUAAUGUCCAGUGCCCCCACACCAAUCUGGCUGCUCCUGUAUGGAGGCGUGGGCAUCUGUACUGGUCUGUGGGUGUGGGGCAGAAGGGUGAUCCAGACAUUGGGCAGGGACCUCACCCCCAUCACCCCCUCCAGUGGUUUCACCAUCGAGCUAGCGUCGGCCGUCACCGUGGUGGUGGCGUCUAACGUUGGACUUCCUGUCAGCACGACACACUGCAAGGUUGGGUCAGUGGUGUCUGUGGGUUGGCUGCGCUCCAGGAAGUCUGUGGACUGGCGUCUCUUCAGGAACAUCUUCAUCGCCUGGUUCGUCACAGUUCCCAUAUCUGGGCUGAUCAGUGCUGCCAUCAUGGCACUCUUCACCUACGUCAUCCUGUGAUGUCACUCCACAUCACCAUCAUCAUCACUGAGCUACCGUCCAGGGUCAUGAAGGUCAAAGCAGUGACUUUUCUUUCCCAGCACCAUGAAUGAUGAAGUGUACAUUUGUACAAAACAUACAUGGAAUAAACGUCACCGAAUUUAAACCACAGGCUGAAAUAUGGAGUGAAAUGUGUCGACAAUAUGGACUUGUCAGCUCUCUCUCUCUCUGUCUCUGUCUCUCUGUCUCUGUCUCUCUGUCUCUCUCUCUCUCUCUGUCUCUCUCUCUGUCUCUCUGUCUGUCUCCCUUACCCUCUCUCUC